UAAGCUUACACAAAAAGUUCGUUGCGCUAAUCUACAUUCCACAAUCUCAAAAUUGUGUUAAUUAAGUAUUCUAUCUGUGGGACGGUGGCUGGCAGUCUUUUACGAAAUUUUUUUUAAGAAAAAUAUCCUUUUUAAAUUUAUUACCACAAUGACGAAACAGGAAAUUCGACGUCGGCGUGGAGAAAUAUUCUGUCUUUGGAUGAGCGUUUUCAGUGUUAUGGUGGGUGUAGUCUUAACCUCUACCACAAGUCCUGAUCAACCCGCUGACAUCUGGUUUAUCUCUGGAAUAAUUAGUGGAUUUCUAGGUUCAGUUACUGCUUUUGGUUUUGUACUUUACAUUUCUUUUUCCUCUGAAUAUCAUUAUCAGGAGACAGUUUCAAGCAAAAAGGAAACUGCACAGCCGGAAAAUCAGGAGAAGGAAAAACGGGAAUCAGCAUCUCCAAAAAACUCGGAGAAUGAAAAGCUGGAACACCCCCAAAAUAAUUAUCAACAGCAUAAGACAGCCGAUAAAACAGAUCUGGUUGAAUUGGAUGAGAUGAGACAAGCGGAAUAUCAGGAGGUGCAGGAUAUAUUGAAUAAAGCAACCAAAAUGUUAGAAGAAUUCCGAUUUAUUGCUGAAAAUUUGGAAGCUGAAAGGAAGUGAAAUUAUGACUUCCGUAGGAAAAAUAUUUUUUAGUUGUUUAAUAAGAUUACUUUUAAAUUUUUAUGGUAAACGGUUCUUAGAACUGAUGCUUUUAAUGUUUUUAUUGGAAAUAAAUGCAUUUUUACUCUUUACA